GAUCAGCCAUGGCGGAGAAGAAGAAGAUCGUGUUCGGGAAAUACGAAAUGGGGAGGCUUCUGGGUAAAGGAACCUUCGCGAAGGUUUUCCAUGGCCGACACCUGGUAACCAACGAAUUCGUGGCGAUUAAGGUUAUCAAGAAGGCCGAGGUUAUCCAGAGCGAGAGGAUGAUGGAGCAGAUCAAGCGCGAGAUCUCUGUAAUGCGCCUCGUCCGCCAUCCCAACGUCGUCGAGCUCAAGGAAGUCAUGGCCACAAAAUUCAAGAUCUUCUUCGUCAUGGAAUACGUCCGCGGCGGCGAGCUCUUCGCCGCCGUCGAGCGCGGCCGCCUGAAAGAGGACGCCGCCCGCCGCUACUUCCAGCAGCUGAUCAGCGCCGUCGAUUUCUGCCAUAGCCGCGGCGUCUUCCACCGCGACCUCAAGCCGGAGAAUCUCCUCCUCGACGAAGACGGGAAUCUCAAAGUCUCCGAUUUCGGACUCUCCGCCCUCCGCGACGGCGCCGGCGGCGCCGGAGCAGAACGACUUCUCCAUACACAGUGCGGUACGCCGGCUUACAUCCCGCCGGAGGUUCUGAAAAUGAGAGGCGGCUACGAUGGAGCCAAGGCGGACAUCUGGUCGUGCGGCGUCGUUUUGUACGUCCUCCUCGCCGGAUUCCUCCCCUUCCAGGACGGAAACCUCCUCGCCAUGUAUAAAAAGAUCUACAAAGCCGACUAUCGGUUUCCGCCGUGGUUUUCCGGCGAGGCCCGCCGCCUGAUCUCGAAGCUUCUGGUACCGGAUCCAGGCAAACGGAUCUCCAUACCCGGUAUAAUGCGGGUCGGGUGGUUCCGGAAAGGGUUCAAAAGCCCGAACGCGUUUUCGUUACAGGAAUCCCUUUUUGAUAAGUUCGACGAGGACGAUAAACUCGCCGGCGCCGGCGAAACCAACUUCCGGAAGUCGCCGUCGUCGCCGGCGUUUCUGAACGCUUUCCAGUUCAUCUCCUCCGUGUCGACGGGGUUCGACCUUUCCAGCAUGUUCGAGGACUCCGGCGACCGCCGCGUCAAGGCGGCGGCGUCGACCUUCACGUCGAGGUGCUCGGCGAGGGUGAUCAUGGCGAAGAUGGAAAUGGCGGGAAGGAAAUUAGGGUUUAGGGUUGCGAAGGUGAAGGAUUUCAAGCUGCGGAUGUUGGGCUCGUCGGAGGGGCGGAAGGGGCGGCUGUCGGUGACGGCGGAGGUUUUCAAGGUGGCGCCGGAGGUGACGGUGGUGGAGUUCUCGAAAUUUUCCGGCGACACGCUGGAGUACGUCAAGUUUCGGGAGGAGGAGAUGAGACCUUCUUUGAGGGAUGUGGUGUGGACUUGGCAAGGGGAAAGUCCACUUCGACAAAGUCAAAGUCAAAUGAGUUGACUUUUGUGUGUAAUCGUUAUGUACUACACUUACUAUUUUUUUACUGUAAAUUUUUUACUAGUAAUUUUUAUUGGGUUUAUACUCAUUUGUUUGUGGGUAUUUUUAUUUUUAUUAUUAUUAUCAUUAUUAUUAUGUAUACUUAAUAUU